UACAAGUACAAAAUCAACAACCAGCCAUUACCACCUGAAGAGUUAAAGUUUUAAGAUGGCUAGUUGCAUGAUUUUGUGUUUAGUUUGUUUAGUUUUAUCGUUCAGUUCUAUAUACGGACAACAGAACGAAGAGGAUAUAGCAUGUAAAAGGGAGCAUGGUGCGUGUACACAACAUGUCUACGAAAAUAUUCGACUUGCCGCGUUAAGACGCUCCGAUUGCCAGAGGUUUUGCCAGUGUGUGCAUGCAUCUACUGAACUAGAUGGCAGUGUUACCUAUAUGUGGGUGCAACAAACAUGCCCACCUACCACCUUGUUUGAUGACAGUCUUCCUGCACCGGUGUGUAAUCACGCGGAAAACGUGCAAUGCCAUGGCGAAGAGUAUGAGGAUUGCAGAAGUGAACAUGGUGCAUGCACUCAGUUCAUGUACGAGAACGUUCGCUUAGUUGCACAGACAAGUUCUGGUUGUAAGAAGUUUUGUCAGUGUGCGCAUGCGUCAACAGAGUUGGAUGGGUCUGUAACGUAUCAGUGGAUUGAGCACACAUGUCCUGCUCAGACUCUGUUUGAUAGCAACAUUCGAGUCUGUAACUUUGCUGACCGUGUUCAGUGCGAUGGAAAUCCUGGGCAGAAUGAGUUAACUACUACACCAAGGACUUGGGUGCAAGAAACAACCCAAAUUGUCACAGAUGAAGCAAGCAACGAGUGUUUUGAAGAAUAUGGCUAUUGCACCACGGAUCAAUAUGAAAAUGUAAGACUUGUCGCCCUCAGAAGCUCUAGCUGUAAGAAUUUCUGCCAGUGUGCGUAUGCGUCAACUGAACUCGACGGAUCUGUGACAUACAAGUGGGUGAAAAAGACAUGCCCAUCUAACACACUGUUUGAUGAAAGCCUUCCAACACCAGUCUGUAAUCAUGAUUACGAGGUCCAAUGUCCGGUUGAGGAAAGCGAAGAUUGUACCACAGAACAUGGUACGUGCACAAAGUACAUGUAUGAAAAUGUCCGACUGGUACCGAAAAGUAGCUCGGGGUGCGAGAAGUUCUGCCAGUGUGCGCAUGCGUCUACUGAACAAGAUGGCUCCGUCACGUAUAAAUGGGUUGAACAUGAUUGUCCCGAAGGACUUUUGUUUGAUAAAGACAGCAGAGUCUGCAAUUACGCUGAAAAUGUUGAAUGCAGUGCAGGCGAUCAAGAACGGGAAAGAAGAAUUCUUGAGAUUUUACGGCAGUUGGUCUCUCCACAAGAUGACGAUGAUGACGAUGAUUGUUUCCAGGAAUACGGUACCUGCACACAAUACCAGUAUGAAAACGUAAGACUUCUUGCGCUUAGGAGCUCUGGUUGUAAGAACUUCUGUCAGUGUGCGCAUGCGUCAACCCAGCUGGAUGGUUCCGUCACGUACAAAUGGGUUAAACAGACAUGCCCUGAUGCAACGUUAUUCGAUCAGGACCUUGACACACCUGUCUGUAAUCAUGAAGCAGAGGUUCAGUGCCCGAGUGUCAUCGCCGAUGAGGAUGGGUGCUGGAGAGAACACGGAACUUGUACUCAAGACGAAUAUGAAAAUAAGCGACUCACGGCCCUGAGGAGCUCUGGUUGUCAGAAAUUUUGUCAGUGUUCGUUUGCUUCUACCGAGCAAGACGGAUCUGUAACCUACUAUUGGGCGGAGCAAACUUGUCCUGCUGACACACUGUUUGACGACAGCCUUCCCACGCCGGUCUGUAACUGGGCUUACAAUGUUCAGUGCUAGACCUGCCUGAUUCCUUGUGAUGAACUCUUUUGAAAACUGUUGUUACAUUCACUGCUUUUGCAAUUAUAUUUCUGUUGAUAAGUAUAUAUCACAUUUAGUGUGUAUCAAAAUCUUUUUUUAUUCAUCUGUUCUCUUAAUUAACCAAUCUGCAUACAACCAGUUGAAAAAUGACAGUGUUUUUGUUUUAAGAUAGGCAUCGCAAAAAGCAGCUUGAUAGAAUAAAAACAGAUACCCGGAGUAUAGAACAUUGGUUCCUUGGUUAUUUAAGCACUAGCAUUCGCUAAACAAGUCUAAACUUUCUUGUAUGUAUGAAUAAAUUGUUAAUUUGCUCAAAGACAAAGAAAUAACGAUAUGUACAACUGUUCAUAAAUGUUCUUAACUUUU